UAGUGUUCUCACGUUACUUUCGUGAUGUCUUUCUGUGUAUCCGUCGAUAGGUCUAGCAACAUAUUGAACUGUUCUCAAUUUGCCUGCUGCAUCAUAAUAUCCAUAUUGUCCUUUUACAGUACCAUCAGAAUGUCUCUCUUCUAAUCUAAAUUGUCUACUUCUCCUGAAAGUAGUUUAUUACAUAUUCAACAUAUAACGAAUGUUGAAUGUUAAUUAAAGUGAUUUUUGUAUUUACCCGCGUCCAGUGUCGAAUCCAAAAAUAUAAGUUUGGGGCCCUUCAUGACCCUCUAUUUGAAAUUGUACUCUAUCCGUUUUUUUAAACUUGUCCCAUGGCUUUGCGUAUUCCUCAGUUUUAUUCUCCAGAUCGUCAUCAUUCAGUUUGUCUCUUUCUAGUCCAUACGAGGACUUCUCUACUGUAGACUUCGAAGGUUUCUUAAUAGUCAAUGGUAAUUGAUCGUUGUCGAAAAAUCGAUGAUUUUUGGGCCUUGAAUCAUCAUUAGUUGUCAAAGCAAAAGCAGCAUUUAUUGAAAGCUAUAUAAAAGAAAUGGAAAUACCGAAUUGAUUAAAAACGUAGAAUUUUAUAUUGAUUUUGUAAUCCGCACUGAAUGCACAUACAUACAUAUAUAUAUGUAUGUGACCGCUUACUAUUUUGGAUCACAAAUUCUUUGUUGAUCAGUCACGCUUUCAUCCAUUCGCACGGUUCAUUGCUUUUCAAGAUUAAGAACGCAAUUUACAAAUCUGUUUUCACUUCUCCUAUUUUAAUGAAUUAUUAUUUGCAUACCAGAAUAAUAAAUACAUUCGCAGAACUGCAUUUACAAAUAGCGGCGAUUGCAACGAUAAAAAUUGCAAGUCAGCUCAGAACAUUUGGUUUUGAUUAAGAAAUUUUGAAACAGGACAAAAAUAUUCGUCUAUAACGUCUAUCGCACUAGAAAUUAAUUCAAAAAUUCGAUUUGGAAAGCUGUUUUAUUUGUCACACACGCGUACACAUUAUAAACUCGAAAGACCCACGUUUAUUUACAAAACCUUCUGAAUCAUUCAAUAAAAUAACUGUCGUCCAAGUAUUCGAGUAAUUUUUCAAGAAAAUCUGUACUUACAAGAAAUAUGUAACGCAUCCUGCGCUGUUGAUAUGCAAAAAUGAAGAGCUCACGAAUCUCCUCAAAUCUAUCGUUAUGAAUUUACUGUCGUAUUUUUGCUUCAUCCUAUCUCUCGAUCUACUUUCUUUCAUAUUUCCUCUCUCUCUCUCUCUCUCUCUCUCCGCAAUUUCCCCUACCCUUUCCCUUUUUUUACAAUAGAUUAACGCGUUACUUAUCGGCUACCAAAGGCUGCAAACAGCAACAGGACGCAUUUCAUCUGUCCUCUUGCUAUGUACAAGUAAUUUACUAUGUUAAAAAUUACUACGUACCACAGCGCAUAACAACGUUGUGCAUUUAAUAAAUUGAAAAAAUAAGUAGUAUAUAAUAUUAUCGAGUCCGUCAUCCAGAACCCCGAAAUAUCUCUUUUCCUGUUUGAGAAAAUUGGUUUGAGCGUCGACAAUGAUCAAUUUUAUGUUCUAUUCAGUCAGGAUUGUGCAAUCGGCGACACGCAGAGAGCGCACAAUUGAAAUAAUCGUAACCGGAUGCGCCGUGCCACCGAAAUGUCGCAAACAUCCACUGAACUCGAAUUCUUUUCAGAUACACCGUAACAGAUAAUUAAUGUCAAAAUGUUUUUCCUGUUUGUUUGGCUUAUAAACACGCCCGGGCACAGAUUGGUUUUCAUUAAUCAUCUACCGGUUGGUCGAAGACUAGAAAAACGUACUUGUAUUUGCCAUGAAUCACCUCGUUCGGCUCUUUUUGUGUUGCGUUAUUUUGUUCUUUCUUAACGCGGGAGCAUGCUUAAAAUGCCGCACAAGAAGUCAAGAAGUAGACAUGCAGUUUCAGAAAGUGUUUAAAACCUGUUUGAAACAGCACGGUGGCGUUGGUACAGGUAGUGAUGAUUCGAUGUCAUCGGAUGAUGAAACUUCGGAUAGUGGAAAUUUGGAUAGCGAGAGUUCAGAAAGUGAUUCUAGUUCUGAAAAGAUAUUUUACGAUAAACACAUUUUCUAUAGUAAUAGCGAUCGCUCCUCUUAUAAUCAAUCAAUGAAUAAUCAAAGAAAUAGAAGUUAUCAAAAUGCAAAAAAUAAUCACAAUGAUAAUGGUGGAGACUCCUGGAAUUCGAGGGACCCUCGGAAUAAGAAAGGUGAUUUUAAUAAUGGGGAUUCACGUUAUAACAAUAACACAGAUCACGAAAAAGCAUGUGUCAUACAGUGCUUCUUCAACGAAUUGAAUGUCGUAGAUCAAAACGGUUUUCCGGACAGAGAUUCAGUAAUUCCAUUAAUGAAUCAAGAUAUUCGAGAUCCAGAGUUGAAAGAUUUCGUUGAAGAAUCGAUC